CGAACAGCAUUUACAGGAAUGACAUUAGUGAAACUCAAUCAAACUCAAGAAAUCAUAGAUUACUACAGAACGAUGUGCAGUCUCCUGUUUCGAUAAACUCUGUUUUUAAUAGGUUAUUUCUUGGCCUUGAUAAUACUAAUAUAGAGACGAAGAAUGCUGCAAACAUUCGCCAGAGCACAACCACACCCAAAACCCCGAGUAGGAAACGCAGAUGUGUUUUAGGUAAUACUAUGAAUUACCUACCUUCUAUUUCAGUAUAAACGAUUUGGGUUCUUACUCAAUUCACAGCUAAUCAUUUUUUUUUUGUGAUUCAGACCAAGGUACUAACACACCAGAACAGGGAAGUUGUUUGACAUCAUUGAAGUGUAAGCUGAUCGAUCUAAAAUAGCUAAAGUAGAUUGUAUAAUUUACACUGACAGACAUAUCUCUGAGCUUAUAAGUGUGUUUGCUAAAAUUAUCUUUCUAUAUAGCUCAACCUAUCAAGUCUACCGCAAUUCACAGUGAUCUACCAGGACCAAAAAAUAGUAACCAGCGAAAGAAUAAACGGAUAGCUCUUGAUGAUAUUACAAAUAUUGCUUCUAGAGAAUUUCACAAUACAUGCACACCAACAAGCGCGAGUAACAAACGCAGAUGUGUUCUUGGUAAUAAUUCUUAAGAUCCUCCUAUUAAAUGUUUUGAACUGUUUUGAUCAAUCACAGCAAAUGUUUAUUCUGGAUAUUUUUUUAAGGUGUUUCUUUCGAUUCAGAACAAGCUACAAAGACUCCAGAACAGCGAAGUUGUUUGUCAUCAUUGAAGUGUAAGUUUGUCUAUAUUUUUAUAAGAUAUACAUUAUCUGAUGCAUCACUAUACCUCAAUCCUGUUCCUAUGUUGUAUUUUUCUUCUUAUUAUAUAGCUCAUGCUAGCAAGUCAAAAACAAACAGCAAAACUGCACAAGAACCUAUCCAGAAGAAACAGAAAAAAAAUAUCAGUGCUGUUUUUGAUGAUAUCCCCAAUAUGGGGAAUUCGAUGGCAAGUGAAAGUGAAGAUGAACGAUCUAACACUUUCGAUGAGAGAGGCAAUGAUUAUAUUGAAGAUGAUGGGGAAGCUAUCGAAAGUGGUCUUGAUGAUUUUGGAGGUUUGACCGUUUUCUGGUCUUUUUAUGCUACUUUUUACAUGUGUGACUCAAGAACUGACCUUUUGUCUCAUUUUUGUUUUAGGGAUAAUCGAAGAAAUGGAUGGUUCUUUAGAGUUUGACUGUAGCUCACAGGAAGAUUCUGGUUCUGAAAGUGAUAUUGAUUGUGCAGAUCAUUCUAAUGGAGAAAGAACAUAUCAAUUUCAGCAAGAAAGCAAUAAAAAGGCAUCGUUUACCAAACAGAAUGUAGCACACCCGUCUCUUAAAAAGAGACCUUCUUCAAAAGCUCUAGGUAUAUGAUUAAUUUUGGUUCAAGCGAAUCUGGAGUCGUUGUGCCAUUUUUCAUCAGUUUUUUAUGAAACCUAUAUUUCUAUUAUGUUGACAUGUGCAGCUUAUCAAGAUGAGGGUGAUCCCACUUUCUCAUGUUGCCACUGUGGUGCUAUUAUGUGGUACGGAGAACGGAUUAAUAAACGCAGGAAUGCUCGGACCCCUACUUUUACGCUGUGCUGCAUGCAGGGUCAAGUAACAUUGCCACUUUUAAAGGAGCCACCAGAAGUACUGAAACAAUUGUUUGAGGGGGAUGAUAAACUAAGCAAACAUUUUCAAAGAAAUUUGAGACCUUACAAUAUGGUGUUCUCAUUUACUUCACUUGGUGGCAAAGUUGAGAGAUCAGUGAAGAAAGGAAUAGGUCCUGACAUGUUUCAAUUGCAUGGAGAAAAUUACCAUCUAGCAGGAAGUUUAUUUCCAAAUGAGGGGGACGAUGCCAAAUUUGGACAGAUGUAUAUUGCAGACACAGUAAAUGAGGUGGAAAACAGGUCAAAUUGUCUUAGGUAACCAUCAAUUUAUGAAGAUGUUUUUUUAUUUUAUUUGUUUAAAAAUUUAUAGUGAGGUUAACAUUUUUGCUAAACACUUCUGUUUUUCGCAGAAGUGGAAGUAAGAGUGGACAAGUAAAAGAAAAGGAUACUUUGAAGAAAGGAAUCAUUCAGGCUCUGAUGAAGGUGUUAGAUGAUGUGAAUCCGUAUGUGAAACAGUUUAGAUCAGCAAAAGAUCGGUUUGACACUAAUCCUAACGAUGCGUUUCAUAUGAGGAUUGUCAGUGAUAGACUUAAUGACGGAAGGACAUACAACACACCCACCGCAUCUGAGGUUGCUGCAUUAAUUCCUGGAGACUUUAAUCUUGAGAUGGAUAAAAGGGAUAUAGUGCUUCAGAAACAUUCAGGGAAGCUUAUGAGGAUUAAUGAAAUACAUGUUUCCUAUCUAGCACUACAAUAUCCUCUUUUGUUCCCUUAUGGAGAGGAUGGGUUCAGACUUGGAAUCAAAAAAGGUGUUACCGAGGCUACCAAAAAACAGAAAAAGGCUACAAUUAGUAUGAGGCAGUACUAUGCAUUUCGGCUGUUUGAAAGGAAGAAUGAGUCACGCCAUCUCCUUCACUCUAGGCGCCUCUUUCAACAAUUUUUGGUGGAUGCUUACACAACUAUAGAGUCUAACCGUUUGCGAUAUCUCAAGUUCAAUCAGGAAACUUUAAGAUCUGAUAGUUUUGACUCUCUCAAACAAUCAGAAAAUGCUGGGAAGAUCGAUAUGAAUGAACAAGGAACAGAAUUUGUGUUGCCGGCUUCUUUCACUGGUGGUCCUAGAUACAUGAAGAAUAAUUAUUUGGAUGCAAUGGCCAUCUGUAAGCAUUUUGGGUUUCCCACUCUUUUCAUCACAUUUACGUGUAAUCCUAGAUGGCCAGAGAUCACCAGAUAUGUUAAAGAGAGAAAUCUAAGCGCAGAUGAUAGACCAGACAUUCUUUCUAGGAUCUUUAAGAUGAAGCUUGAGUCACUGAUGGAUGAUCUAACCAAAAAGAAUCUUCUAGGGAAGACUGUUUCAUCAAUGUACACGAUAGAGUUUCAGAAACGUGGUCUACCUCAUUCGCAUAUUCUUUUAUUCAUGCAUCCAGAUAAUAAGAUCGACACUACAGAUGACAUUGACAAGAUCAUUUGCGCCGAAAUUCCUAAUAAAGAUUCAGAGCCUGAACUUUAUGAAGUGGUUAAAGAUAUGAUGAUGCAUGGACCAUGUGGAGUUGCAAAUAUGAAUUCUCCAUGUAUGGAGAAUGGAUUGUGCUCGAAAGCAUAUCCGAAAACAUAUUGUCAGACGACUACAGUUAGUAAAGAUGGCUUUCCGGUUUAUAGAAGGCGCGAGCAACCAGAAUCUUAUGUUGAGAAGAAUGGGAUGAGAUCUGAUAAUCUUUGGGUUAUUCCAUACAACAAGCAACUAUCUCUUCGCUACAGAGCUCACAUCAAUGUCGAGUGGUGCAACCAAGCUGGAUCAAUUAAAUACUUAUUUAAGUAUAUUAAUAAAGGACAAGAUCGUGUCACUGUGGCCGUGGAACCUCCUGAACAUGUGGUUGUAAAUCAAUUGGAGAACGUUGAGGGAAGUGGGGAGAAGAAAAAAAACGAGUUCAAAGAUUUCUUCGAUUGCAGAUACGUUUCUUCGUGUGAAGGUUCAUGGAGAACCUUUAUGUUCUCAAUUCACUAUCGAUCUACAUCAGUUGAGAAGCUUACUUUCCAUCUACCUGGAAAACAACAUGUCAUUUUCAGAGGUAAAGAAAAGAUGGAAGCGGUGCUGAGUCGCAAGCUCAUUCAGAACACAAUGUUCUUAGCAUGGUUUGAGUUGUGCAAAGUCGAUUCAUUUGCCAAAACCCUACUGUAUGUUCAGAUUCCGAACUUCUAUACUUUUGAAAAAAGUAAAAAAAAAUUCAAGAGAAGAAAAAGAGGAUUCAGCAUUGGUAGGAUUAAUUAUGCUCCCCGUAAACAAGAAGAUUCUUAUUAUCUUCGGGUGUUGUUGAACGUUGUCAGAGGUGCUACAUGUUACGAGGACAUCAAAACCUUUGAAGGUGUUCUUCACGAUGGCUACAAAAAAGCAUGUUCUGCACGUGGGUUAUUAGACGAUGAUCACGAGUAUAUUGACGAUCUGUUGCGGAGAAGUUAUGAUAGCUCAGCAAGUGAUCUACGUCAGGUGUUUUCUACGAUGCUGCUUAAUGAUAGCUUAGAAUCACCAGAGAACGUAUGGGAACAUACUUGGGAGUGUUUGUCUGAAGAUAUUGAGCAUAGACGGAGAAUAUUUUUCAAGAGACCAGUUGUGUGUGAUUUUGCAGGACUUGUGUUAAGUGAUGAAGAGAAAAAGAAGUAUGCUUUACAAGAGAUUGAUAACCUAUUGAGGCGGAAUGGGGAUUCACUAGAAAGAUUUACCAAGAUGCCUGCGGUCUCAGAAUCAAGUACAAAUGAUUCUAACGUCCUUAUAUUAGAUGAGCGCAGUUAUCCCCGUGAAGCAUUGUUAGAAACUCUUGAAAGAGAUUCUCCAAAAAUGACUGAUGAGCAAAAGAAAAUAUUUCAUGAGAUUACUGAUGCUGUCACAGAAGAACGAGGAGGGGUGUUUUUUGUAUAUGGUUUUGGUGGGACUGGAAAAACUUUCCUUUGGAAGUUACUAUCAGCAGCUAUCAGAUCUAGAGGAGAUAUUGUUCUUAAUGUUGCAUCGAGUGGAAUAGCUUCUUUGUUGUUACAAGGUGGUAGGACUGCUCAUUCAAGAUUUGGUAUACCUCUUAGUCCAGACGAGUUCUCAUCAUGUAAUAUGGCUCAUGGAACUGAUCAAGCUAAUUUAGUAAAAGAGGCAUCACUCAUUAUAUGGGAUGAAGCACCUAUGAUGAACAAGCAUUGUUUUGAAGCUUUGGACAGAAGCUUAUCUGACAUUAUUGGGAAGCACAGAAAUAAACCCUUUGGAGGAAAAGUAGUUGUUUUUGGAGGUGAUUUUAGACAGGUUCUACCUGUGAUAAAUGGAGCUUGUAGGCCAGAGAUUGUAAACUCAGCAUUGAAUUACUCAUAUCUUUGGGAGCACUGUAAAGUCUUGAAACUCACUAAGAACAUGCGGUUGCUGUCAGGCUGUUUGACAACUGAAGAGGCAAAAGAUCUUAAGGACUUCUCUGAAUGGAUAUUAAAAGUUGGUGAAGGAAAACUAGCCGAGCCUAAUGAUGGUGAGGCUGAGAUUGAAAUUCCUGCUGAGUUUUUGAUUACUAACUUCGACGAUCCAAUAGAGUCCAUCAGUAAAGCUGUCUAUGGUGAUUUCACAUCUUUACAAGAAAACAAGGAGCCUAAGUUCUUCCAAGAAAGAGCUAUUUUGUGUCCUACUAACGAGGAUGUCAAUACAGUUAAUGACUACAUGUUGGAUCAGCUUGAAGGUGAAGAAAAGAUUUAUAUGAGUGCAGACAGUAUUGACCCAAUUGAUAAAUGUUCAAGGAAUGAUGAAGCACUUGGACCUGACUUUCUCAACAAAAUAAAGGUUCCUGGUUUGCCAAACCAUAUUCUUAGACUCAAAGUUGGUUGUCCUGCUAUGGUUCUAAGAAACAUAAAUCCCAGUGUUGGGUUAAUGAAUGGGACAAGAGUUCAGAUAACUCAACUUAUGGAUUUUAUGGUUCAAGCUAGGAUAAUUACGGGAGAAAAGGUUGGGAAGACAGUAUAUAUUCCUAGGUUGUUAAUAACACCAUCAGACACCAGACUGCCUUUUAAGAUGCGUAGAAGGCAGUUGCCUUUGGCUGUGGCUUUUGCAAUAACAAUCAACAAAAGCCAAGGGCAAUCACUAUCUCAAGUUGGUCUAUUUCUUCCAAGACCUGUGUUUUCACAUGGACAGCUAUAUGUGGCUGUGUCUAGGGUCACUUCUAAAAAAGGAUUGAAAAUUCUAAUUGUAGGCAAAGAUGGGAAACCGAAAACAAAAACUAUGAAUGUAGUUUUCAAAGAGAUUUUUAAUAAUCUUGAUCCGCAUGAGUGAUAAGGUACACUUACUCUUAAUGAUUUUUAUAUGCGUUUGUGUUUUCAGACUAAUUAUAAGUUUAUUUUGUUGUUGCAUGCAGGUUUCAGACGUAGGUGCAUUUGGUGUCAUGUGAUUUUGCGUUAAGAGAUUUGUAGUUGUUGCCCACUUUCAUUUUGUAUUUUUUUAUUUUUGAAAAUACGUGGUCUAAGUUUUUGGCUUUUUUCAAACAAUUUAGUUGUUCAGGUUUGAGUGAUAAGUUUUUAGCUAUUUUAAAACGAUUGAUUACAAGAUCGUAGAUAUUAACAAAUCACAGGAUCAGUGAUUAAAGACAAAAGCAAACAAACAUAGUGAAAGCAAUUUAUUUUUAUUUUUUCUAAUCCUAAAUGCUGCUAAGUUCUUUCAAAGCGGAAAAAACAUUCAUUCACAAGAACCUAGAUAUGCAUUAUUAUUCAAUCUAUACUUAAGAUAUAUAAUACUAUCUAAGGCAACGGUUGAAUAUUAUUCCUAAAUCCACAUGAUCACACAUUGCUUUAAUUUCAAUCAAGUAAUAAAAGUU